AUGUCACAGAAACAGCCAAAGACCGCUGGUGCCGGAUCGAAAGGUGCCAGCACAAACACUUUGUCCAUCUCAAGGAACAAGCACUGGAAAUAUAUCUCAUCUUAUCAUGGACCAUGGCUGCAAUUGCCCACUGAACUCCUCCAGUCUCUCUAUACCAUCAACGUAACGACGCUUCCUCCCGCCGUCCUCGAUCCCGCAAUCUUUGCCGAUCUCGUCUUGGUCCGCCAACUCGUCGACGAAGCAACCUCAUUAGCCGUUCGUGCGGCAUCAGCGACGGCGACUGGACAUGUCGGUCGACUCUCCAAGGAACGUCAACACCGUAUGCGCGAACUGGCAUGUCAGAAAUUGGCGAGAGCUUAUGCAGCGGAUGAGGUUGCGGCUUCGGUGGCUACGAUGCAGGCGAGUUCGGCGCUUGACGAUGUUGCGGAGAAGGUGUUGAAGCGUGAUCCGAAUCAUGUGGAUGCUCGUUACGUUCACUUUUUCCAUGAGAAGAUUCCGUCGCGUAAGCUGGCUGAGACUACGUCGCUCGAUGUCAUCGAAGCACUUGCGGCCUCUAGCCCGAUGGAUCUCUGGUAUGUCCGCACUCGCGCCAUCGUCCGCGCCUUCAAAGACGACUAUCUCGGUGCAAUCAAAGACAUCACAAGCGCUCUGGCCACACUCAAAUACCUAGGCGGCGCAGGUAAAGAUUUUGCGCCAGUCGUCCCAGGUGGUGUAUCGAGCUUGGAAUCCCAAUUCGUUUUCCAACGUGCAAGCAACUACCUCUCUCUCGCUGUUCGCGCAAUCGACGCAGUCCCGGCUGGUACACCCAUCGACGCAGAAGCGCAAAAAGCGAUCAGGCAAUACGCUCGCCGCGCAAUCCGCGAUUUCACUCGCUAUGUCGGUGCAUUCAAAUUCAGCCCCAGCGUCUCCAUCCCCAUCGCUCCCGGCGACGGCCCCGAACCUUCUUCGCCGCCCGAAGAAAAGCCAAACGUGACAUACUCCCUCUCCGAGCUCUUCGCACAGGACGCAAAAGAGCCUCACGAGAUCAUCGACCUAUCGUCCCUAACCCUCUACUCAAAAGCCCCGCCCUCAACCCGUACCGAAUCCGGUGAAGCGAAGAGAACGCCCGCAGUAUCCUACCACCCCCUCCUCCCCGACGCUUUGUUCUCGCUCCUCCUCGCCCACGUCCUCUGCGGAACCCAGAAAAAGAUAUUGUACCGUCAUGCGUCCUGGGUCGCGCGCAUCACCUCCGUAUGCGAAGGAUACCCCGUCUUCCUCCCCGGCCGCUCAACCGCCCGUGCAGACUGGAUCGAAGUCAUCAAACGCGUCGGCGUGGAUUUAGUCGAAGUUAAAUCUUGGGAUGAGGAGGUCCAACGCGUUCAACUGCCUAUCCCGAAAGUCCGUGCACGGGAACCACGUGCUCCGGCGCCUGCUCCUUCUUCCAGAGGACCGGGGUUUGGGGGGGAGGAUACGCAGCAGUUUCCGAUGGUUACGGAGAGGGCGGGGAUUGUUGUUAGGUGGGUGAAGGAGGUGGGGAAUACUGGUAUUGGACCGCCGACGCCGAAGAGGAGGACGGGCGCGAAGUCGGUGAAGGGGAAGGCGUUGGGGUUGGGGGAUGGGUCAUCAGCGGUGGGGGUGGCAGGGGCAGCGCCGGAUUCGUUGAGUGUUAAGGAGUUGUUGAAGGCGCUUAAGGAGGAUGGCGGGGAUCAUGAGAAGGCGGGGAGUAGUGCUUGA